CUCGCGCCGCCCGCGGUAAUGGCGGACGGGAAUUAUGUAAGAGUCGCCCGUUGUUGUUUUAAAUGAGAAAAUGCGAUUCUCGAGUGUCCGUAUACAUUGUAUAGAUUGCGUACGAUGUGGGAUCGAUACUGAUGUAGCGAUGUGUGUCUUUUGUUCAUAAAUAUUAUCUUGGAACCAUCCGGGCUGCGGUCAGUAAGUAAUUCAUUCCUUCAGAGGCACAGCACAGACAUUAAGGCACGUUAACGUGCCGUCCGAGUGAAAGAGACCGACAAAAUCGAAACUUCCUAUAAAACGCCUUAUAUGGAGCGAGACGGGCUUACGGCGCGUGCUCCGUCACGUAUUAGAACCUACAUAAUACACGAAUGUAGAUAAUAGCACGGGAACAGAUAAAGCAAAUUCGGAACGCCUAGGCCCGAGUGUAGACUAUCGCCUAACUAUCCAAGUGGACGGUGCUCGUAUGAACUUGCCUUAAUACUUCUUUUUUUUUUUUUCGUAAUGUGUCUGAAAGUGUAGUUGCGCCCGCGUCCGUGCUUGUAGGUUUAGUUUAGGAUAUAUAUAGGAAAUAAAUAUAAAGGAAGGCGGUGGGGACGGUGUGUGCGUGCGCCGGGGUGUGCUCGACGAGGGUGAUGCAGCGGAGGCCGUGCAGGCGCAUCGGACGGGAAGCAGGGAAGCUCACGGUGCUGGUCUGACGACACUCUACAGGUCGUAACCUGCAGCAUAAUAGGGAGCCAUACGCCGAGGCGGAAAAACGGGUGCGACACGCACUCGUGAUCUAGAGGGUUGUCGGGCUUGGUGCGGGCGGCGGCCGCGGGCCCGGCACCAUGGCCACCGUGGAGGGAAGGCCGGCGCAAUAUGGCGUCUCCCUUCGGCAGCUGCGCGAGCUGAUGGAGACGCGCGGCGCCGAGGGCAUGGCCAAAAUCAACGCGCUCGGUGGACCGCAAGAAUUAUGCAAGAAACUCUACACAUCUCCCACAGACGGUCUUAGCGGUUCGAAGGCUGACCUGCAGCAUCGGCGGGAAGUGUUCGGUUCAAACUUGAUCCCGCCGAAGCCACCCAAGACUUUCCUGACGCUAGUAUGGGAGGCUCUGCAGGAUGUCACCCUUAUUAUCCUAGAAGUUGCUGCUGUUGUUUCAUUAGGAUUGAGUUUUUACAAGCCCGCAGAUGACCCCAAUGAUGCGGACCCUGCACAUUUGGACGAAGAGGAGGGCCACUACCAGUGGAUCGAGGGUCUGGCCAUCUUAAUAUCGGUUAUAGUCGUCGUCAUAGUAACAGCGUUUAAUGAUUACACGAAAGAAAGGCAAUUCAGAGGUCUGCAGUCUCGGAUAGAAGGCGAGCACAAGUUCGCCGUGAUCCGCGGCACGGAGGUCAAACAGGUGCCCAUCAGCGAGAUCGUCGUCGGCGACAUAUGUCAGAUCAAGUACGGAGAUCUGCUUCCGGCCGACGGUAUCCUGCUGCAGAGCAACGAUCUUAAGAUUGACGAGUCAUCCCUGACGGGAGAAUCGGACCAUGUCAAGAAGGGUGAAACAUUUGAUCCCAUGGUGCUAUCCGGUACACACGUUAUGGAAGGUUCCGGCAAGAUGUUAGUGACAGCCGUGGGGGUGAACUCCCAGGCCGGCAUCAUUUUCACGCUGCUCGGUGCUGCUGUCGACAAGCAGGAGAAGGAAAUUAAACAGAAGAAGAAAGAGGAGAGAAAGCAGCAACGCAAAGGGACCCAGCGCAAGAGCAUCCCCGGUGAGGAGGAGGGAGUGGGGGGCGUGGGCGCCAACCACGCGCCGCCCGACGACAACCACGCGCCGCCCGCCGCCGACAAGCCGCCGCCAGAGCCGCAACACAAGAAGGAGAAGUCCGUGCUGCAGGCCAAACUUACCAAGCUCGCUAUACAGAUCGGUUACGCCGGCUCGACGAUCGCCGUCCUCACGGUCAUAAUCCUGGUCAUACAGUUCUGCGUCCGGACGUUCGCCAUAGAGGGCAAGCCGUGGAAGGCGACCUACAUCAACAACCUGGUGAAGCACCUCAUCAUCGGUGUGACGGUGCUGGUCGUCGCCGUGCCCGAGGGGCUGCCGCUCGCUGUCACACUCUCGCUUGCUUAUUCCGUAAAGAAAAUGAUGAAAGACAACAAUCUGGUGCGCCACCUGGACGCCUGCGAGACCAUGGGCAACGCCACCGCCAUCUGCUCGGACAAGACCGGCACGCUCACCACCAACCGCAUGACGGUCGUGCAGUCGUACAUCUGCGAGAAGCUGUGCAAGGUGACGCCCAACUACCGCGACAUCCCGCCGCCCGUCGCCGACCUCAUCGUGCAGGGCGUGGCGCUCAACUCCGCCUUCACCUCCAGGAUCAUGCCAUCACAAGAUCCAACGAUGCCAUCCAUGCAAGUCGGUAACAAAACUGAAUGCGCCCUUCUCGGAUUCGUCCUGGCUCUAGGGCAGAGCUACGAAGCCGUCAGAGAAAGUCAUCCUGAAGAGUCGUUCACCAGGGUGUACACCUUCAACUCGGUGCGGAAGAGCAUGUCCACCGUCAUACCGCACAACGGCGGCUACAGGCUCUACACUAAGGGAGCUUCGGAGAUCGUGCUUAAAAAGUGCGCCUUCAUCUACGGGCACGAGGGCCGCCUGGAGAAGUUCACGCGCGACAUGCAGGAGCGGCUCGUGCGCCAGGUCAUCGAGCCCAUGGCCUGCGACGGGCUGCGGACCAUCUCCGUGGCCUACCGGGACUUCGUGCCCGGGAAGGCGGACAUCAACCAGGUGCACGUGGACCAGGAGCCGCACUGGGACGACGAGGACAACAUCGUGAACAACCUGACCUGCCUCUGCGUUGUAGGGAUCGAGGACCCCGUGAGGCCCGAGGUUCCAGAGGCCAUCCGCAAGUGUCAGAAGGCCGGCAUCACGGUGCGCAUGGUGACGGGAGACAACGUGAACACCGCGCGCUCCAUCGCCAUGAAGUGCGGCAUCCUCAGGCCCACGGACGACUUCCUGGUGCUCGAGGGGAAGGAGUUCAACCGACGCAUUCGGGACGCCAACGGAGAGGUGCAGCAGCAGCUGGUGGACAAGGUGUGGCCCAGCCUGCGCGUGCUGGCGCGCUCGUCGCCCACGGACAAGUACACGCUCGUCAAGGGCAUGAUCGAGUCCAAGGCCUUCGACACGCGCGAGGUGGUGGCCGUCACCGGGGACGGGACCAACGACGGACCCGCGCUCAAGAAGGCCGACGUCGGAUUCGCCAUGGGCAUCGCCGGCACGGACGUGGCUAAGGAGGCGUCCGACAUCAUCCUGACGGACGACAACUUCUCGUCGAUCGUGAAGGCGGUGAUGUGGGGCCGCAACGUGUACGACUCCAUCGCCAAGUUCCUGCAGUUCCAGCUCACCGUCAACGUGGUGGCCGUCAUCGUGGCCUUCAUCGGAGCCUGCGCCAUCCAGGACAGCCCGCUCAAGGCGGUCCAGAUGCUGUGGGUGAACCUGAUCAUGGACACGCUGGCGUCCCUGGCGCUGGCCACGGAGAUGCCGACCCCGGACCUGCUGCAGCGGAAGCCAUACGGACGGACCAAGCCCCUCAUCUCGCGCACCAUGAUGAAGAACAUCCUCGGACAGGCCAUCUAUCAGCUCUUCAUCAUAUUCAUGCUGUUGUUUGUCGGCGACAAGAUGCUGAACAUCCCGUCGGGCCGGUACCAGCCGCUGGGCUCGGAGCCGACGCAGCACUUCACCAUCAUCUUCAACACGUUCGUGAUGAUGACCCUCUUCAACGAGAUCAACGCCAGGAAGAUCCACGGCCAGCGGAACGUGUUCGAGGGACUCUUCACCAACCCCAUCUUCUAUUCCAUUUGGGUCGGGACUGCGCUGUCGCAGGUGGUCAUCAUCCAGUUCGGCGGCAUGGCGUUCAGCACGGCGGGACUCACGAUAGAUCAGUGGCUGUGGUGCUUGUUCUUCGGAGCGGGGACCUUGGUUUGGGGCCAGCUCGUCACCACGCUACCCACUAGGAAAAUACCCAAGACCCUCUCGUGGGGUCGCGGGCAGGCCGGCCAGGAGUGCGCCCCCGCGCCGGACUACGACAACGAGCUCGACAAGAAGCCGCGCGCCGGACAGAUCCUCUGGAUCCGCGGACUCACGCGCCUACAGACGCAGGUGAUAGGUGGCGAGUUACAAGAACGGUUGAUACCGGUCCCCUACAGCAAGACAUCCACAGAUCAAGCUGUAAGACUCUUUAUGGGACAGAAUGCUGUUUCACUCACCUCUACUGUUUUUAUGUUCUUUGAGUUUCGUUUACGUUUUGAUUUUUGCGUUUUUUGGUUGUUUUUUAUUUAUUUCAUAAUAUGUUCAAAUGUUAAUACUGUACUCUUUAUCUAUCGAUACCUUUACAAUACUAUCCGCUCUGUAUGUUUCCCACUCGCUUUAGGUUUCCACGUGCGAUGCCUGCUUGUGUCAGUCCAGCGUCCUAUGGGACUGUUUAUUGUCACUCGUGCUUCCGUGCAGACCCGCCGCUGUUUCUUUAUCUGGAUGUUUGCAACAAGCGGGCACCCGCAGAUGCAUGACCGCCGAACAUCAUGUUGCACGCAUUCUGUCGCAUGCGCUGUUAUAUCAUGUGUUACGUCCAUUAAGGGGUGACGUUUGAAAUGUCGUGUCUAUGUCCAAUUGACGAAUGUUUGACCAAAUUCGGUUUGGACAAACAUUUCGAUACAACAUAAUGUGUUUUAGAUGCCAGAAUCGACUUCAAUUAUUUGUUUCUUUGAAUUUUCAUUGUGAAUAAUGUAUUUAGUCAUAACGUUAGUUGAAGUCGAUUCAUUUUUAAUUUCGAUGUUAAAUAUAACUGAAUGACUUUAUGUUUUGGUGUUUAAUUAAUUAUUUGUAUGUGUAUUCCCGGACAGUGCGAGAUUUAUGUAUUAAAUAAAUACAUUAACAAAUAUAAACUAGGGAAAGGGGCAUAGAUUUCUCGAAUGUUAAAUUCAAUUUUAAUUUAUAUUUAAUGAGAAAACGAUAGUAGUACCGGGUUUCCUGAGACGGCGUAAAAAAACGCUUCGCAUAUGUUAUGUUGGCACUCAUACCUCAUCGCGUAGUAAUUAUAUUUGUUUGCGUCAUAUGCACCAGUUUACCGCGACCUCCAGGUCUCGAGUGUCGAUCUGUAACACCAGGGGUUCGUCACGGAAAGCUUCCUAAACUUAUCAUCUCGAUUUAGAGCAAUUCAUAUUUUGAAUAUAAUAAAAAGCUUUUAGUUGAAAGAUAUAUAUUUGUCCAUACAUAAAGUGUAUUUAGGCUUGAGUGAGGCGGGGAAGUGCCCGAGACAGGGUCGGGCAUGCUUGGAGACUUCGCGCUUAGGAGAAUCGGAGAUCGAUGUUGCUUCGUAUGAUGUGCAGUGUACCGGCAGAUCUAUAGAGCUUUGGUCGCGUAGCUCACAUACGAGUAGAGGUGAUUGUACAAAUGCAGUCACAGAGUCCCCUCGCAGCACAGAUGUCUGUAUUCAGAGCAGAGCGGCGCCCUCCCUAGUGUCUGCAUGUCGCCACGGCGCGCACCACCCCAUUCUCUCAUCUGUGACUGGAAUUUUGAAUUACCUAACGCUUUCUUGCCUCUUUUUUAUGGCUCGGUGUGCUUACAUUUGUACUAACUACAGUUCCUCCGGCUGAGUCACGCGACGCGCCGCGCCCACACGCUGCCUUACGAUCUUACACAUUACUGUUCUUCAUCAUUACUGAAGCAAACAUUUAAAGUUCAAGAAUUCGACUGGUAUUUACAACCUUUAACUUUCACCACUAACAGAUAAGAUCACUUUUCCAUCUCAAGUAACACUUUUUAUUAAGGGUAUCUAUAAUCUGUGUAAAUUUGUCAUGUGAGUUAUUUCUUUCCACCCUUGCAUACGUUCAGUCCAAGAUUACUUUAGAGGUCCUCGAGAAUCAGAGGUAGGGUUCGCACGGUUGUAAGUACCAGGCAUGUCGUGGCGUGUCGUGGCGCGGCGCGGCGUGACGGGGCGGGGCGGGACGGAGGCGCGCAGUAACACGGCACGCGGGUGUCGCAGAUCCGCGUGGUGAACGCGUUCCGGCAGGGGCUGGACUCGCGCGGCUCGCUGGCGGACGCGGCGCUGGCGGAGGCGCUCCGGAAGCAGACGGCGCUCUCGAAGCGGUACUCGCAGUCCU